AUGCGUGUCCUAUUGGAUGUACACUCUGCGAUUCGUUGCGGCCCAGAGCCUGUGGUGGGAGAAUUUUUUCUGCAGUUUCGAAGGAGUAUGAAUCGAUUCGAGAAUCGCCUCACAGACAUUGGCAUCUUCCCAGAUGUCUUAGACGAGGCGACCGCCAACUUUUUUUCUGUGAUCAUCAAGGGAAUGGGGGAAUCAGCACCUUAUUUGUGUCACAAGGAUCCAAGAACCUUCUUCUAUCUGUCCUACUUGGGUCAUCUGUUUCCCAAAGCGAAAUUCGUGAACAUGUUGCGAGAUGGUCGAGCUGUCGUACUGUCGUCCAAAUCGUGA